AUGGCCUCAUCAGAUGUGCAGAACCUGCAGCUCGACCAACCUCUUCUCUACCGCCGCGGCUCGACCAAUGAGCGAAAGAUCUGCUGCGAAGAAGAGGAGAAGUCAAACGAGACCCGCAGGCCACGCACCUCGAACGUCUGACAAUCGACAAAGCCUGCAGAAUGACCGGGCAAGAGUCCCUCGCCAACCGACGCCGGAGUGCACUUCUUCAGACAACUGAGAAACGUCAAAGCCUCAAGAAGAAGAAGUUCGAAAAACAUGGUGAACGACCUGCAAGCAGAGAUCGGCAGACGCAAACGCGCUGGAUGGGCCGCCUUCAACUCCAUCAAAGAAGUCACCAGCCAGCUGAAAGACCCGAAACUGCGAGCUCACAUCUUCGAAGCGUCGAUAAUCCCUGCCAUCUCCUACGGUACCGAAGUUUGGCCUGACACGAAGAAAAAUGCAACCGCCCUACGAACUUCCUACCGCGCACUGGAACGUGCUCUCAUCGACACCACACGCACUCGCUUCGAGCAGUGGAAAAAAGAACAGAGGAGCACAGACCUCCGUCAACUGUCCCAAAUCCGGGAUCUAGAAGAGCACAUACAGCGCGGGAAACAUCGUUGGGGCGGCCACGUCAUCCGCAGACAAGACGACCGCUGGUCCACGAGAUUAACACACUGGAUUCCGAGAAACAUCAAGCGUCCACUCGGGCGCCCACCGACCAGAUGGACGGACUACUUCCGCAAGAACAUCAGUCAGCCAGGCCGCCACUGCAUGACCGUCGCGCAAGACCGAGCCGCCUGGAGAACGUGUGGUCCACGCUGA